CAGAGCCAAUAGGGCGGAAGGGUAGGCGGGGCGAGUGGAACGCGGGAAGCGGUUGGGAAGAAGGAGGGUGCAUUGUUGGAACUUGUGUAGGCUGGCUAGGCGCGGGAAGAAGAAACAACAACAAACCAACGGCUGAAUAAAGAUACACAACGUUCCAUCCGUAUUCGCUGGGCACGUGGAGGGUCCAGCCUUUUGUAACCUGGCCUGUGCCUCGUCGCUUAGAUCUUGCUGACUAUUGUUUCUUCCUCUCUUUCAAUCUCUUGGGGGUCCUAAAGGCAAACUGGGAUCUACCCCCGCCAGUUUCUCCUUCCAUGGAGAACUUCCAGAAGGUGGAGAAGAUCGGGGAGGGGACCUACGGCGUUGUCUAUAAAGCAAAGAACAAAGUCACCGGCGAAGUGGUGGCGCUUAAAAAAAUCCGCCUGGACACGGAGACAGAGGGUGUCCCAAGCACAGCCAUUCGGGAGAUCUCUCUGCUCAAGGAACUGAACCACCCCAAUAUUGUCAAGCUGUUGGAUGUGAUCCACACUGAGAACAAGCUCUACUUGGUCUUUGAGUUCCUACAUCAGGACCUCAAGAAGUUCAUGGAUUCUUCGUCUUCCAUCAGUGGUGUAGAGCUGCCUCUUAUCAAGAGCUACCUGUUCCAGCUUCUGCAGGGCCUUGCCUUCUGCCAUUCCCACCGUGUGCUUCACCGUGACCUUAAACCACAGAACCUCCUAAUCAAUGCCGAGGGAGCAAUAAAACUAGCUGAUUUUGGGCUUGCCCGUGCAUUUGGUGUCCCAGUGCGAACCUACACUCAUGAGGUGGUGACUCUCUGGUAUCGGGCUCCAGAGAUUCUCCUUGGCUGCAAGUAUUAUUCAACAGCUGUGGACAUAUGGAGCCUGGGUUGCAUCUUUGCGGAGAUGAUAACCCGUAGAGCACUCUUUCCUGGGGACUCGGAAAUCGACCAGCUGUUCCGCAUCUUCCGUACGCUGGGCACUCCAGAUGAGACCGUGUGGCCAGGAGUCACAUCCAUGCCUGAUUACAAAUCCAGCUUUCCUAAGUGGGCCCGGCAGGACUUCAGUAAGGUGGUGCCACCACUGGAUGACGAGGGCAGGAAACUUCUGGCGCAAAUGUUGCAUUAUGAUCCCAACAAGAGGAUCUCGGCCAAGAUGGCGAUCAACCACCCUUUCUUCCGAGAUGUCACAAAAGCUGUGCCACAGCUCCGCCUCUGAGAUGGGAUUGGGGCUGGCAAGUCUGCCUGCGGAUUCUGCAGUGUGCCGCUACUCUGGACCACACCAGUUGUUUGCACUUACUCAGUACUGAAUGGAACACAGAAAGUCCAAUUGGGCACAGUACUUGUGGCGAAGGGGUGUGUGUGUGUGUGUGUGUGUGUUGGUUUAUUCCCAUGUUUGUUUUAGGGUAGUGGCUGAACUUGCUCUGUUGGGGCUCCAGAGGUAGCUACGGCAAGAACUCUUGUUGCUAAGGGGACAGCCAUUUCUUGCCUCACUCUUUUUAUCCCCCAGGAGUUCUGUCUUCCUCCCCUUGGUGAUUUUUACAAGAUGUCUUCUGCAUUAGCUGACUUUCUCCAGUUCCAGCUUGUAUGCAAGGAUCAGCUCUGUGUUUGCUUGAGCAAACCUUACUGCCAGCCUGAAACCAUCUUUCUGCUCUGGGCCAUGGAUGUGGUUUCAAAUUGAGGAUUGGAGCCUGCAUGGUGUUCUGUUGUGUCCUUGUGCUAGUAAAAGUGCCUGCUUUGUCCUUCUAGAUCGGGUCCUCACUGUGGAUCAGGCACUUAACUCUACCCCUUUCAUAAGCAGGACAAACUUUGACUCUAGGAUUCAGGAACAUUUGCAGAAUCUGAACGGAUGUUCCCCUUUGCAUCAGUGACAUUCAGAAUAGUCCAGCUGUCUUUUCCUGAUGAUAGGGGCUUGUGAUGCCAGCUGGUUGAGGCCCCGAAGAGAAAAGGAUCUUGACUGCCAAAGUUGGUGCUACAGAAUGGCUUGCUAGCCAGUCAAAUGACUGCUUACCUCUUCAUCAGAUCCUUCUUUAUGUCUGCCACGCAAAAUGCUUUGAAAACCACCUCCAAAAAGUGUUCAUUGGGGGAAAUGGACAUGCUCUGUCACUAUCCUCUCCACCGUCCAAUAAUUUACUCGCCUGUCUCUGAAAUGUGUGUUUCUUGUCUGUGUUGGUGAAUUUUGCCCUAUGCUUGUGGCCAGUCGAAAGACUAGGAUGAGGGACAUCCAUGCCAUAGAUUGUGUCUCUUGUAGUACACUUGGGCAUCCAGCUGACUUUUGUUUGGCUUAAACUUGCUGUCAGCAAAGCAUCAAGCUCUCAGCUGUGAUGGAUCUGCCCAAUUUUCUUGGCUACCAGCGGUGUGUUGUGCAAAUAGAACGCUUUUUAAAAAAAUGUAUGUAUUUCGCUUUUGAAGUUGAGGUCUGCAAAAAUUAGAGAUGAAAUCAUAGCUCUUUUUGCACUGAUCUUCCGCCUUCCCCUCUUAGUGUAUGGGUUUUCCUCAACCAAAACAAUGUAACAUAUUCCCUCAACUAGGGAACUCAUUUUUAUGAGCUGUCUGUCUGCAAAAUUGAAAAUAUCAAAGCCUCUAUCUCUGUGGCACUUUGUCUUGAAGGCAUUCAGACUCUUCAGGUUAUUUCAGUUAAAUGUGAUGCAGAAUCUGAAGUGACUUGAGAUACAGUCAAAAUAGCACCAUUCAUGCAUCCAUAGGAAAAAGGCUAAACUUGUAAAGAAAAUCAUGAUUGGUCUUUGAUAAAUUCCACACUGUGGAAAACUAUAGUUGUCGAAGCUCAGAAUUGCAUUCAAAUUGGUGGAAAGCACUUCAGGCACCUGGGUGAGCUGGAGAUGAAAGCUUGUCCGUCUUCAAGAUUCUGUCUUCAAGCAGGGGAAUAUGAUUUUUUUUUAAUGGUGGGGGAGAGGGAAACAAUCCUGAAGCACAGAGGUUCUGGAAUAACUUUGACAAAAUGAAUCGGAUCUUCUCUACUUGCCUUACCUAUGCUAGGCUUUAAAAUAGCUCCCUUAAGUUGGCAAUGUUGAUGUAUCCUGCACCUUGUCAACUACUAGCAUGUUGUGUACAAAAUGUAAAAGGCUCUUGCAAAGCGAGUAAUCAACUGCCAGUUUUUCAAUCUUGUCUUUUUAAAUUGUAAAAUCUUCCAUGUUAUGGUGAUGUUAGUCUAUUUUAUGAGAUGACAGGACCUUUAGUCCUAUAAAAUGGUAAAGUAAGAUUGCUCCCUCCUCAAUUCAAUGAAGAUAAUGCAGGUUUUUCACACACCCCUUACCAUAAACCAAAAUUCAUGUGGCCUUUAUUUACAGAUUAAAUGUCCAUUGUUCUAGGUGUAGAAGGAGGUUUUGAUCGUUCAUGUAUGAUAUUGAAGGGCUGUAUGCCAGCCACUUUAACACAGAAAUACAUGUACCUUCACUGGGCAUUUCAGGUCCAAUAUGCUAAAAUGGACAGUUUAACUGCAGGUAGCUUUAAGAAAAAUGCUAGACUGGACCAGCAUAGCCUCGUCAGGAAGAUCCAGAACUUGAAGCAUGACCUCCUUCUCUCUCCACACCCUUCUGGACUGGAAAAAGCUAUAUAUUUAUAAGGCUGUUAGUUUUAAAGAAUUCUGGGUUUGUAUAAAACUUGUUAGUCUAAGCACCUUGAAGUUUUUUUGUAAUCUUUUUAAAGGAAAAAAACUAUUUGUGUCCUUUGGUACUCUGUCUAACAAAUGUUUAUAAAAUAUUUUGAAAUUAGUUUAAAAAUCAUUAAAUAUUUGUAGUUUUAA